UUUUGUUGCUCUCUCUCCUGAUGGGAACGGAGCAGCCGCGUCCGCGAGGCGCUGGCCAUAGAUUUCCUCGCAGCCAUCACACCGCGACAUGCUACUGCCACCCAUCCAUCCACCACCAUGCCAUCCGACUCCGACUCCGGGCCAUGCCCCCUGUAGUACCCACCCGUAGCCCGGUCAACAUAAGUCGCCGCCCCACCCCAGCGCCCCCGCCCCAAAUCCCAAUCUUCCCCUGCAAUCCCUAGCCGCCUCCCGCCGCUCCGACGAGAUGCAGGCCGCCGCCCCACGCCUCCGUCACCGAUGGGUCAAGGAGUGGAUUCCGCAAGACCUGGUCAUCGCCGGCGGCCCGUGCGCGCUUUACAAGUGGGUGCGAGAGGAUAGGUUGUCUGCUCUGAAAGCCAAGGACAAGGAACAAGGGGCAGACACUGCAAAGCCUGAACCGACCACUGAGGUGCUUUUCCUAUGCAGCUAUGACGGCUGCGGGAAAACUUUUGUUGACGCGGGGGCUCUUAGGAAACAUGCGCACGUCCAUGGGGAGAGGCAGUAUAUCUGUCAUUAUGAUGGAUGUGGCAAGAAAUUUUUAGAUAGCUCAAAAUUGAAGAGGCAUUUUCUUAUUCAUACAGGAGAGAAGAACUUUUUCUGCACUUAUGAAGGUUGCGGCAAGGCUUUCUCGUUGGAUUUUAAUUUAAAGGCACACAUGAAAACACAUUUUGCGGAUAACUACCAUCCAUGCCCGUACCCAGAAUGCGGUCGAAGAUUUACACAGGAAUCUAAACUGAGGGCUCAUUUCAGGACACAGCAUGAGAAGGCUGGUGCGCAGAACCCAGGUAUGCCUGCUGCAAUGAACCGCAAUGCACUAGGAGAUCACCCCCAUAACACAGUGAAACCUCCUCCGGUAACGCCUCCAGUUCCUUCGGCUGAGCGCCCAUAUGUCUGCCCCUACGACGGUUGUGCCAAGGCAUACAUUCAUGAGUACAAACUAAACCUCCAUUUGAAGAAGGAGCAUCCCAACCACUUCUCGGACGCUGGUGCUCAAGCUGGUCCUUCGAGGAGCACCGCGUCGAAGAGUUCCCGCAGAAGCAGACCGAGCGCCACGGCCAAGAUGCCAUUGCCAAAGAUCCCCAAGCGCGGUGCUGAAUAUACAACACCAUCACCAGCUAUCAACAUCGCUGAGGAGCACCAAUGGCCAAGGAAAGUGCUGUAUGACGAUGACAGCGAGGAGACGGAGGAAGAGGGGGAUAAACCGGCAGAUAUGGGAUGGGGGCGCAUAGCUGCCAGCAGCGAUGAUGAUGAUGAUGAGGAGACAGAGGAUGAAGAAUGACCACAAAUUGAAAUUUUGAAUCUUGGUAGUUGUGCACAUAAUUCGUAAGCUUUGGUUAUAGUUUAUUCAUACGUGUACAAUAUAUCUGAAUAAGGUUGGCUAGGAGGUAGGCAAGGAAAAUGGAGAGUUGGCAUAUGCAGGUUCUGAAGGUGGCUUCCCGAUGCCAGGUUAUUAACUUUGGGAAGGAUACUAUGCACUGUUUGGUUAUAGAUCAUUAUUUGCAUCCUUAAUAUGCAUUGCGCUUGAGUGUUAAGAAGCGCACGCGUGGAUUGAAA